CCCGUUUUUCUCCAUUCACCUCUCGACCAGGCCCGAAACGCCGCUGUCGAGUGUAUCCAACGCAACGCCGAAGCCUGGCUCGAACUGAUCCAGUGGCCGUGGUGGCAGGUCUUCUUAACCCUUCGCCAGAUAGCCCACGCCGCCCGGUCUCAGACUGAGGCGGCGGCCGGAGACAGGUCGUCUGCCGCCCUCGAACAGCCGGUCAGCCGGCCGGCUUUGGAGGCCUCUUCCGGCCCAAGUUGGACGGGACGUGAAGCCACUUCUCGAGGUGCCAGUCCUUCCACGGUGGACGGCUCUUUGCAGCGUCGGGAGCGCCAGGAGAAGGUGUUGUUGCGGGCAAGAUGUGAUGACCUCGAGGCUCAGGUGAGUUGGCCCAGACCCAUGCCACUGAAGACAACCACCAGAAUUGAGAGGCUGAUUGAUAGAGUAUCAGUAAAAUUUCUACCAAGAAACCUUUGA